AUGUUUAGCAAAUCAGAGAUAGCAGCAGCACCGGUCACGCUAGUUCGUGCGGCAGCGGUUCGCGAAAAUCCCCGCGAUAACAACAAUCUGGAGUUGCGCACGACGGCAUUGUGGGUGAGAAUCCGAAGAGAAGAGAGUGUGAGAAGACGGAGAGACGAGAAAAGGAAGAGGAAAAUUCUAGGGUUUGCAUCCGUGCCGCAGCGCCUUCUUUUCUUCGCUCCUCAACGUAUCCACCUCAAAAAUCCCAAACUCAGAUACCCCUUUUGCCAAAUCAAAUACCCUUCAAGAAGAAGGACACAUUCGAUCCAUUUCCACCCCAUAAGAUAUGUCGCAGAUUCAAUUUCCAAUAUAGAUAAUCAACCGGUUGUUGCCUCGUCAUCGACCCCUAGCAGUUCGGCUACAACUACGAACUCUGUAAGUCUUGCCGAUGAUAGUGUUAAUGAUGAUGAGUUGAAAAAAGCUGAGUCGAUAGUUAGGGCUAAGGUCAGGAUUAAGAUGCCAUUGAAGGUUUACCAUGUGCCUAAAGUACCCGAAUAUGAGUUGACAGGAAAUGUAGGUGUGGUGAAGCAGUAUGUUGGGGUUCAUAAAGGGAAAACGAUUUCAACUAAUUUGCCUUAUAAAGUGGAGCUCGUGGUGGAUGAGGUUCUAGGGCGUGAUGGGAAGCCACUGAAAUUUUUGGCACACCUGAGGGAUGACGAGUUUGAAUUUCUUGACUGA